AUGGCUGCUCCUGGAAAAGGUGCAGAUAUCCCGUUCAUUUUCACCGACGGCAAUGGCAGGGCGGAACCAGCCAAGCGCAAACUCAUCAGGAAAUACGUUAUGCUUGGGAAGAACCGGGGCAAAACUCGAAACCUCAAGCCUGUCAAGACGGCGGCCCCAUCUCAGUCCGAGGACCCCAAUGACGUUCAAGAUAAAGCUUCAGGCCUAUUGAUCAAAAUGCGCUACUCCAUGAUCCCCAGGAAAGUAGGUUCAGAGCUCUCCUUUACACAGUUUGCCGCUGUUGUGGAACCACCGUUCCUGCACGACCUUUUGAAAUUCUCUUUCAUAGCAAAGAGAGUCAUGUACCCCCUGGAGAGAUAUAUCGUAUUUCACAGAAAGACCAAAGUUGAUACCUCGUGGUUCGAGCUCUUGACCUCCGAUGCUGCCUACGUGCACGCAGCGGUUUUUGCAUCCCAGGCCUACAUUCUCCAUACCUCUACCGGGGCACCACCCAUGGCGGCUAGACGAGCAAUAACCCACCAUUCUGCAGCUCUGCGCUUACUCCGCGAGAGACUGUCGGUUUCAACUUGUAAAGACGGAGUUUCCGACGCUACAGUGCUUGUUGUAUUGUAUCUGGCCUUGCACGCCCAUUUCAUGAUCGAUUACAAAACAGCGAUGCAGCAUAUGGAGGGACUUCGCAAGAUUGUCGACAUCAGAGGCGGUUUAACUGCUUUUAGCUACAACACGAAGCUGGUGAUCGAGCUACUGAAAUGUGACUUGGGAAUCGCAUUGCACAAUGGCACUAUGCCAACAUUUUCCAAUGAUCCGUCUUUGGAGCCGCUGAUGCCCUAUGACCUGGCAAUGCUGGCAACGGAAGAUCCAGGCCAUUCGGAAGCUGAGCUGCGUUGGAAGCCAGUCCAUUUGGGCAUCAACGCAGACUUGGUCCAAGCAUGGACAUUUUUGAAGAGAUUCUGUACGACGAUAAACUCUGCCGCCGACGACAAACGCCAGUUGCCCAAAGAGACCCUGCUGAAGGCAAUGACAUCAAUAAUGUAUCGACUUGUCCCGAUGGAAUUCGAUUCCACCUCUCUCGACGAAGCCAUCCGGCUAGGCCUCCUGGUCUUCUCGUCUCAUAUCUUCCUUAACUGGCAGGAUGUAAGACCGCGCAACACGUCUCUGCCCAGCAUCUAUCGCAGAAGUCUCCUAAGUACAAAGCUACCGAAUGUAUUAUCCUCACAGCUUCUUCUGUGGCUACUCAUGGUUGGCUCCUUCUCCAUCUUCACCCCAGCGGAUGACGCCUGGUUGAUGCCGUGGGUGAGAAGCAAUAUCCAGUUAUGUAAAGCACAGAGCUGGAGUGAUCUACGCAGGCAGCUGAUCGUGUUUCCCUGGGUUGAUGUCUUGCACGAUGAAGCAGGGCAUGCAGUUUUUGACACCGCAAUGUCGUCGCCGUGGUCCUGA